AGAACGAGGAUUUUAUCAGGCGCGAUUCGGAACGGAAAGAGGAGGGAAUACUCAAACAGGGGAGGGACUCGUGAUGGAGACAGGGGAGAGUGACGCGCGCGCGACGCGCCGAUCGGCCCGAACGCGCAGGAAAACUGUGAAAGCUGCCGAACUUCGUCUAGAGAACGCGCUGCACGCAAUCGAUUCGAGCGAGUCCAGCUGCGCAGACGAAGAUAAUCACGUAAACCUCGAGCCGCCCAGGGCCCCACAACCGAACCGUACACGGAGGGUACCUGAAGGACUGGUCAGGGGUAAAGUGGCCAACGAAAAUGCGGAACACACGAGGGCGCGUAAUCUAGUCGAAGGCCAAAACCUAGAGAGAACGCUAGCAGCGAUACUAGGAGCUUUAGAAGAUCUUAGGGCAGACAACUCUGCACUAAAAGCGUACAACCAAGAGCUCAAGACAGCAGUAGAAGACAUAACGAGGGAGCUAGCUGACACCAAGGCACAACUUGCAGAUGCUAGGGCCCAAUUAUUGGAACUUUCGGGCGAGUUAAGAACCUAAACGGUAGCUAACAGAUCACCGUCCUAUGCAGACGUAGCACGCACGCCACCAAGCAGUCAACCUAGUAACCUACGUACCCUCUCCGGAACGACGACACCAACAACAAUAACCGACACGCCCUACUAUACGAUAGACACCUCUAGAGUAGAGGAGACGGAUAGACAAGAGGCUCAGAUAGGGAGGAUCCGGGAAGGUAUUGAACGAG